AUUCCCCAAUAAUAACAAUCCUUCCCAUUUAGUCCCAGGCCAAUUAGAAGUCAGAACUCCCAAAUCAAAAACCCUAACCCCCUUUUCCUUUUCUUCCGCGAAAAGAGCAACAAGGGGCUGCUAGGGGUCAAGAAAUCUCUCGAUCUCUAUUAUGGCAACAGCAGAGAAGAGAAAGCCCGUCUUCGUCAAGGUAGAAGAACUAAAGCCUGGUACCACCGGCCACAAUCUCAUUGUCAAGGUUGUCAAUUCCAACGCAGUUCCUGUCCCUAAGCCCCGCCGUGCCCCCAUGUCUAUCUCUCAGCGUCCUAUCCGCCCCUCUCGUAUCGCUGAGUGCCUCGUCGGCGACGACACUGGCUCUAUCGUCUUCACUGCCCGUAAUGAACAAGUUGACCUUAUGAAUCCUGGCUCCACUGUUAUUUUGCGUAAUGCAAAAAUUGACAUGUUCAAGGGGUCUAUGAGGCUUGCAGUAGACAAGUGGGGACGCAUUGAAGUUACUGAACCUGCAAAUUUUGUAGUUCAAGAAAAUAACAAUCUUUCUCUGGUUGAGUAUGAAUUGGUUACUGUUCAGGGAUGAUUAGUAUCUUCAGCAAGUGAAUAUUUGGAAUCACUGAAGACAUUAAAUUUUUUGUUAGCCGUUUGUGAACUGUUUGACUGAGACAGCUUUUGAAUAUGGUACAAAGUUUUGUUUAAGAUGUAA